GCAUCCCCUCAUCAAAGCUCUAUACCCUCUUCGAUCUUCUCCGAUCCUUACUACAAUGGCGGCCGUCUCCACCAUCUCCAUGCUUGACUCCACCUUUGAGUCUGACAACCUCACCAAUCAGAUCUUUUCCAUUCUUGAAAACAAGUUUCUUUUCGGGUGCAACGACCAGAGGAGUAGUGAUUCGUCGGUGAUGUCAUCAUUUCCCGGCGCCGGCAAGGUCCGGAUUCUCUCCAUUGAUGGCUCUGGAUCCACCGGCGGUGUCCUCGCUGCCAAAUCUUUGGUCCGUCUCGAAGCCGCCCUCCGGGCUAAAUCCGAGAACCCGAAUGCCCACAUUGCCGAUUUCUUUGAUGUCGUAGCCGGCUCCGGCGUCGGAGGGGUCCUCGCCGGUUUCCUGUUCACGCGAGGGAAAGACGGGUCCCCGUUGUUGACUGCCGGAGAAGCUCUCAGAUUCGUGUUGGAAAACGGCCGGAGGAUUUCGAGGCCGGAGCAGAGUGGGGUUUUCCGGCGGGCGUUCAAGCCGUCGAAGCUCUUCAAGAAAGUCUUCGGCGAGUCAACGCUGAAAGAUACCCUGAAAUCUGUCCUCAUCCCCUGCUACGACCUCACCACCGGAGCUCCGUUCCUGUUCUCACGCGCCGACGCGUUUGAAAUGGACACUUGCGACUUCCUGAUGGCGGAUGUUUGUGGCGCCACCGUCGCUCACCGCGCGGUUGAGCUUAGGUCGGUGGACGGCGGGAUGAGGACGACGGCCGUGGGUGGCGACGUGGCCAUGAAUAACCCGACGGCGGCCGCCAUCACUCACGUGCUCAACAACAAGCAGGAGUUUCCGUUCUCCGUCGGCGUCAAUGAUUUGCUGGUGGUGUCUUUGGGAAACGGAGAAUCGGACUCCGGCACCGUCAAUCUGACGCCGUCAUCAUUCGUUAAGAUUGUUGGCUGUGGAGUUUCAGACAUGGUGGACCAGGCAGUAUCAAUGGCAUUUUCCCAGUCCGGCAGUAAAAGCAACUACAUUCGCAUUCAAGGCCAGGGGCCGUUCGGGAAGAAAAAUGAGCGGAAAUCGGAAUCGGAAUCCGCCAUGGCAGACGAAAUGCUGAACCAGAAGAACGUGGAAUCGGUCUUAUUCCAAGGAAAGAGGUUGGCCCAAGCUUCAAAUCUGGAAAAACUGGACCAUUUCGCUUCUGAAUUGGUGAAGGAACAAAACCGGAGAAGCACGAGCGUUUUACCGGCGGUGGUCCUGAAACAAGCCGCCACGACGGCGUCGUCUCCGAGGACUUCCUCCUCCACGAUUUUGUCUUCGAAUUCGUCCUGUUAAUUGCUUGUUAAUCACUAUUUUUGUUGUCAAUUGGUAGCUAGUAGCAGAGGCUAAAAAAAUUUGAACCACUCAUUGGAAAGAUCCAAAAUCUGUAUCAUUUUUUGGGGUAUAUGUAUAAUAAUUUGAUCUCAAAUCCAAUGCACAAGUGUUACUCCGAUUUGUACGAAGUGACACUUUAUUUGGACCUAUAUAUAAUUCACACACAAAUGCACACAUACAUAUAUACUUCUUCAUC